CAAAGUAUAGAUAUAUAAGGGUGAGGAUUCCUUCAAGUUGAGCCCCAAAUUUGAAUCAAGUUGGGGAGAUCUUGACCAUUGAAUGAAAAUCAAGGGCCAAGAUCACCCUAACAUGACUAGUCAUAUUAGUCAUGUUAAAGACAACUUGACAGAAUCCCUUCCUGAUAUAUAUAACCCAUAAACCGGAACAUGUGUAUCCACAUCCUCUCCUCCCAACAUCAAUCCACAUAGACAUCAUCAGAUAUAUAUAUGCCUAUGUAUAUGUUCUUAAUUAUUAGUGUGAAAAGCAAAAGGGAAAAGAAUACGUUUUCAGUGGACAAAAGAAAUUUGAAGCAUCAAAAUUGUGAUAGAUAUAUACAACUACAAAUGGGUGUUAUGAUCAAACUCAUGAUGCUUUUUUUGUUUCUCUUCAACUUUACUUAUCAUGCAUCAGUUGCUAAUUAUCUUGACAACAACAAUCUCUUUUCAGAAACAAAUGGAUCCGAUGUUUCAACUGUUAGAAAAUUUGCACAUGCUGGCGCCAGAGGUGGAGGUGGGGGUAGAGGUGGAGGCGGAGGAGAAGGUGGCCAUACGGCCGGAGAUCAAGGUGGUCGUUCAGCCGGAGAAGGGGGCAACGGAAACGGUGGAGCGGCCAUACCUGUUUACACAGCUGGAGCAGGAGGAGCUGCGAGUCAACGCAAAAACCACCAUGGUGCUGCUGGGCUUUGUCGCCAGUGCCCAAAAGACAGGCAUCUGAUGAUUGUUGUAGCCACAACAUCAGUAUCACUUUUAUUUCAUAUACCUAUCUAAAAAAAAUUAACUAGUGCAUAUAUCGUAUAUGUAUCUUCAGGCUAGUUUUGUUUGUACAUGAUAUAUAUACUAGCUACUUCCAAUUCCAAUUCCAA